AUGGUUAAUGAGGUGAAGAAUGUUCUGGAGACUUGCCUCUCCACGCCUAGCACUGAUGGGGAGGGUUUGCACUGGGUCUUCAACACCUACUCGAAUGAGGAUUAUGAUCGGCGUAAUGAGGAGGUGGACCCGGUGGCUUCCUCGGCGGAGUACGAGCUGGAGAAGAGGGUGGAGAAGCUGGAACUGUUCCCUGUGGAGCUGGAGAAAGAUGAGGACGGUCUGGGCAUCAGCAUCAUUGGCAUGGGCGUGGGGGCGGACGCCGGCCUGGAGAAGCUGGGCAUCUUCGUCAAGACCGUCAUCAAGAGUGGAGCAGCCGAGAGGGACGGCAGGAUCAAGGUGAAUGACCAGAUUGUGGAGGUGGACGGUACCAGUCUGGUGGGCGUGACCCAGAGUUUUGCAGCCUCUGUCCUGAGGAACACUCAUGGCAUAGUCAAGUUUAUGAUUGGUCGGGAGCGUCCGGGCCAGGAGAGCGAGGUGGCCCAGCUGAUCAGCCAGACGCUGGAGCAGGAGAGGCGGCAGAGGGAGCUGAUGGAGCAGCAGUACGCCCAGUACGACGCCGACGACGACGAGACGGGCGAUUAUGCUACUGACGAGGAGGAGGACGAGGUGGGUACCGCGGUGACGGGUGGUGAGAUGACCAUCGAGGUGUUCGACUUGCCCGACAACGAGGAACUCAUCUCCCCUGGCGAACUGGACGCCACCAAACUAUACCAGAAGUUCAGAGAGCUGCAGAUCAAACACACAGUCACUGAGGCCGAGAUUCAGAAACUCAAAAGCAAGCUCCAGGCGGUGGAGAAGGAGAAGGCUCGUUGGGAGCGCGAGAAGACCCAGCUGAAGCAGAGCAUCGAGGACAAUAAGGACAGGAUGCUGAAGCUGGAGAGCUACUGGAUCGAGGCCCAGACGCUCUGUCACACCGUCAACGAGCACCUGAAGGAGGCCCAGAGCCAGUACCAGGCCCUGGAGAAGAAAUACAACAAGGCCAAGAAGCUCAUCAAGGACUUCCAGCAGAAGGAGGCAGAGUACGUCCAGAAGGAGGAGUCUGAGAAGAAGAGGCUGGAGGAGGUGGAGAAGGCUCACCUGGCCGAGAUACAGGGCCUGCAAGUCCGGAUCGCCACUCUGGAGUCGGAGCUGAUGACGCUGAUGAAGCAGAAUGGCAUCCAGGUGAACAACAACAACAACAGUGCGGAGAGCCGUGCCCAGCUGGCAGAGAGGCUGGCCGCCCUUCAGCUGCCCUCCAGGCCCUCGGAGCCACUGGCGUCAGGGUCUGGCAUGGGUGUAGGUGGUGUAGCCAGGGCCCCGGGAGCAGGUGCGGGGGCCCCCAGAGCUGUGCUACAAGACAGCACCAGCAUCAGCUCCACCGAUGGAGAGGACGGCCUGGAGAAAAAGGGCCCGCUGUCUUCCGUGCCCACACUGCUUCGGACCAGCUCGCCGUUCUCGGAUUCGGAGAGCGGAACCCCCAAAGCACCCGGGAGCCUGGAGGCCUCGCCCCGACACCAGCGCCUCCGAGACGCAGCGGACAACGGAGGUUCCCCUGUGAUCUCCAGUCCCUCUCUCAGCCAGGAGGACAGGCCCAGCGUCAGGUCUUCGCUGCAAGGCACUAAAGGACUAGACAGCAGCUCUGUGGAGAACAGCCCUGAGAAGAUCAAGAGGAAGGUGUCCGCGCUGAAUGAUGACCUCAGCGGGAGCAGCAGUGGCUCUGUAGAGAGUCUGGAUAUGAUUGAUGACGAGGUCCUGGAUGAUGGUCAAUCGGGGAAGCCUCAGCACUGGCAGAACCAGAGCGUCCCCAACUGGAGCUGUCAGCAGGUGGGCCGCUGGCUGGCUGGGCUGGGCCUGGACAAGUACAUCCCGCAAUUCACUGCCAAGAACGUGGACGGAGAACAGCUGCUAACACUGGACAGCAGUGCCCUAAAGGAGCUGGGCGUGGACUCCCCGUCGGACCGCGGUCUGAUGAAGAAGAAGUUGAAGGACCUGAGGGCCCUGAUGGAGAAGGCCAGACGCAACCGGCAGAAGCUGGAGAAGCAGCGCGAUAAGCUGCGGCGCAGGGAGAUGGAGCAGCUCCAGAAGCAGGCGCAGGCGCAGAUGCAGACACUGACGCAGGCACAGCGCAGCCGCAACAGCUCCUCCCAGCCAGCAGAGGGAGCUGCUGACUAAGAGAAGCUCAAGCUUUGAAAAAAAACUGAAUGAAGAAGCUCUGUGGUUCGAUUCAAAAACGUUUUUUUUUCGAAAAGGAAAGAAAAGUGCUUCUUUAUUCAUUUAUUUUUCAAGAUGGGAGCCGCAGACUAACCAGCUGCAGUAAGACUCACCGCAGCCUGAGACGCUGAGAGGGUAGGAAGAAAGGAAGCCAGGAAAGAACUACUUGUUUGAUCACCCUAUUCCUGCGACUCGACUAGAUACUUUUUUUUGUAAUAAUUAGGGCUUGGUUUCCACAUUUCGAGGGCUUGGUUGAGAUGGUUGGAGAUACAUUUAGAGGAAGGGGCCAGGAACUACAAAGGAGGGUGAGGAAGAAAAGAAGAAAGUGGAGAGGAAAUAUGGAAGACAGCAUGGAAACCUCUAUGCAGUGGACCUGAAGUGGACCUCCUUUGCCCUUCUCCUCCUCACUAGAACGCUACUGUAUCUCUCCACCACCCCCGAAGUUGUUGACAUUGACCUUUGACCUCGUAGGGGCAUGUUCACACUAAACAGGGCUUCCUUCUUCUGGAUACGAAGAGUACAUCCAGUUGCUCAUUACAGGAGGCUGUAGUUGGCUAGCGAACUGCCACCUGUAAACACCAAGAGAAACCUAACACAAUCAGGACCUCAUCUCAUCUCAUCUCAACGUGUCCUAUUAUGUGUCUCGUUUUUUUUUCACCCGCGCAUCUUUCCAAGUAGCAACCGUGUUGAAAUAUUGUUUUC